AGCUUUUGCUUGUUCGAGGCAUGGUCCUAGUAGGUAGCGCUGCCACGCGAUGCGAUUCAUUCGAGGAGUCGUCAACGCCGCGCAGGAAGGAUUGGACGCACAGCGCGGUCGCAGAGACGCCGCCGCCAGCCUGGUCGUCGCAGGGCGGAACGUGGUGCAAGGAAAGCUCCUGGCCGACGGUGGCUUUGCCUACGUGUACGUGGGCACCGAUACCGACACCGGCGAGCAGCUAGCCGUGCGGAAGGUGCUCCUGCAGGACGCGGAGGCCCUGGAGAAGGCGAAGCUGGAGAUAGAGCUCUUGGGCAGCCUGUGCGACCACCCGUACGUGGUGCGCUAUCUGGGUGCCGAGAUCAUCCGGCUGAGCCAGACCCCUGCGGUGUCGCAGGCGGUCUACCUCUUCGAGCUGUGCACGGGCGGCACGCUGCUGACCAAGCUGGAGGCCACCUGCAGAGCAGCGGCCCAGGCCGACAAGGGGACGCAGAUGCUGUACUGCUGCCCAUGUCUCCAGCAGGAGGAGGUCAUCGAAGUGCUGUGCUCGACCGCGCAGGCC